CCGCACUAACUGAGGACUUUGUAGAGAGGCUUCAGCUCCGGGGUGUCUCUUGAGAACAUCGCUGCAGCUCCGUGAGCCAAACCCUGGGGAUGUUGGACACUGCACUCCUGGCUGGACACAGCACCCCCUGCUCCUUUCUGGGGUGCAUCUAUUGCAGGGCCCGUUCCAUUGCAUGGCAGAGGGCGUUUCUGGAUUUCUGGGCAGCAACAGGCUGUCCCCCAAGCAGCCUGUGCUGCUGCUCAGUCCCCUUCGCGUGUGAAGAUGAGUCCUCCCAAGAAUAUCUGGGAAAUCGUUCUUUACAAGGCUAGAGCCAAGGGCGGGAAUGGAGUAAACUCACACAGGCAGAACUGGGCAGAGGUUACAGGCUGUUUGCUUGUUUUACGGCAAACCUUCCCCCACAGCCGCCUGACAGUUCCUGUGGGGUUAUUUUCUUCAUCGCUCCUCUCUGAGCCCCUACAACCCCCGCCCUCCUGGCCACAACACUCCCACGCCACUGCUGCAGCUGCCAAAGUUAGUUCUUCUGAAGAAAACAGCUUCCCCGCAGCCCCGGCCAGUGGUGAGCGACCUAUGGUGCUGGGGUGAGGGGGGCCUGCUUCCCCUGAAAUUUACACCAUUCGCAGGAGGGAGAACCCCAGCACUUUGCCCUGGCACUCAACUAGCUGGCACUUGUCCACCAUGGCACGGUUCUUGACAGUGCAGAGAGCCCAUCUGAAGGGGCCUAUCCUAAGGCUGAGGUACAUGGUGAAGCAGCUGGAGAAUGGCGAGGUGAACAUCGUGGAGCUGAAGAAGAACCUGGAGUACACAGCUUCACUGCUAGAGGCCGUCUACAUUGAUGAGACCAGGCAAAUUCUGGACACAGAGGAUGAGCUGCAGGAGAUCAAGUCGGAUGCGGUGCCGUCGGAGGUGCGGGACUGGCUGGCCUCCACCUUCACCCAGCAGACCCGCGCUAAGGGCCGGCGCUCCGAGGAGAAGCCCAAGUUCCGCAGCAUCGUCCACGCUGUUCAGGCCGGCAUCUUCGUCGAGAGGAUGUUCCGCCGGACGUACACAGCUGUGGGGCCUAACUACUCCACCUCUGUCAUCAACUGCCUGAAGACCCUGGACCUGUGGUGCUUUGACGUGUUUGCGUUGAACAGAGUAUCGGAGGACCAUGCCCUGCGCACCAUUGUCUUCGAGCUGCUCACCAGACACAACCUCAACAGCCGCUUCAAGAUUCCCACUGUGUUUUUAAUGACCUUACUGGACGCACUGGAGGCUGGUUAUGGGAAAUACAAGAACCCCUACCACAAUCAGAUCCACGCGGCUGACGUGACCCAGACUGUACACUGCUUUCUGCUGCGCACUGGCAUGGUGCACUGUCUGACGGAGAUUGAGGUCCUGGCCGUCAUCUUCGCAGCUGCCAUCCAUGACUAUGAGCACACGGGCACUACCAAUAGCUUCCACAUUCAGACCAAGUCUGACUGUGCCAUCCUGUACAACGACCGCUCGGUACUGGAGAACCACCACAUCAGCGCUGUCUUCCGCAUGAUGCAGGAGGAUGAGAUGAACAUCUUCAUCAAUCUGGCCAAGGAUGAGUUUGGGGAGCUGCGGUCCCUGGUGAUUGAGAUGGUCCUGGCCACAGACAUGUCCUGUCACUUCCAGCAGGUCAAGUCCAUGAAAACCUCCCUCCAGCAGCUGGAGAGGAUCGAUAAAUCGAAAGCGCUGUCGCUGCUGCUGCAUGCAGCCGACAUCAGCCACCCCACCAAGCAAUGGAGCGUUCACAGCCGCUGGACCAAGGCUCUGAUGGAGGAGUUCUUCAGACAGGGGGACAAGGAGGCUGAGCUGGGCCUGCCCUUCUCUCCGCUCUGUGAUCGCAAGUCCACGCUGGUGGCCCAGUCCCAGAUCGGUUUCAUUGAUUUCAUCGUGGAGCCCACUUUCUCGGUGCUGACAGACGUGGCGGAGAAGAUCGUCCUCCCGCUGGUGGAGGAAGGCUCCAAGUCUAAGUCCUCCUCCAGCCAGCAGAGCAGUUCCCAGUGGAAGCAGCCAUCCCUAGACGAGCAUUCAGAGCUGGGCGACAUCAACGCUGACAUCACCAGCUUCCGCUCCACAUGGACCAAGUACAUCCAGGAGAACAAGCAGAAGUGGAAGGACCGAGCGGCCAGCGGGAUCACUAACCAGACAUCCAUUGAUGAGCUGUCACCGUGCGAGGAGGAGCCACAUGUGCCCGAAAACCAGCACAAUCAGAACGGCGACGUGGAAUAGCACAGUCUGCGAGGGAGAGAGGUCCCUUUUCCAACUGAAUGAUGCAGUUUAGUCCAAAGUCUUCGAUGCCAUCGAAAUCAGCACCAUUGCAGGAGGAGCCGCCCCAGGCCAGAGAGCGAGUGGGAACAACCAUUGCCAAGAUAUAAAACUUAAUGUAAACCUUA